AUGGUCAUGGCUUCUUCUUCCCGGAUCUGCCUGUCAGUUCCAAACAUGGUAGCUCAAAGAGCAUUAUACAGCGGAGCGGCUGCGAAGCCUGACAUGAUCCGCUUCCGCUCCCCAGUCAUGAGCAACAGAAAAGCUCCUCUUGCUCGCUAUGGUGGUCGCCACAAUGUCGCUGUUCUUCCUGGAGAUGGUAUUGGACCUGAGAUGUUCGCUCAUGUUGAAAACAUUUUCCGUGUAGCUCAGGUUCCCGUUGACUUCGAAAUUGUGAACCUUACUUCGAAGGACACUUCCGAAGAAGAACUCAAUCAAGCCAUCACUAUUAUUAAAAGAAAUGGAGUAGCUCUUAAGGGAAAUAUUGAGAACAAGUUUGAUGACCCACAGUUCAAGUCUUGCAACAUGGAGCUUCGUAGAAGUCUUGACUUAUUCGCCAAUGUCCUCCACUGUGCCACCAUUCCAACUAUCCCAAGUCGUCAUAAGGAUAUUGAUAUGAUCAUCAUUAGAGAAAACACCGAAGGAGAAUACUCAGGUCUUGAGCACACUGCUACUCCAGGAGUUGUUGAAAGCUUGAAGAUUGUCACUCAGCAGAAGAUUGAGAGAAUCUCUCGAUUUGCUUUCCAAUAUGCGGUUCGUUAUGGAAGAAAGAAAGUAACAGCCGUCCAUAAGGCUAACAUUCAAAAACUUGGAGAUGGAUUGUUCCUCAAGGUCUGCAAAGAUAUUGCUGCUAACGAUUAUCCAGAAAUCAAGUUCGAAUCAAUGAUCGUAGAUAAUGCUUCUAUGCAACUCGUUUCUCGUCCUCAACAAUUCGACAUUAUGUUGAUGCCUAACUUGUACGGAAAUAUUAUCUCCAACAUUGCUUGUGGACUCGUCGGAGGUCCAGGAUUGGUUUCUGGCAUGAACUUCGGUCAAGAUUUCGCUGUUUUUGAAACUGGUACCCGUAACACUGGUACUGCUUUGGCUGGAAAAAAUAUUGCUAAUCCAACAGCGUUUAUCAGAGCUGCCGUCGAUAUGCUCAGAUACCUUGGAUUAGACGAACACGCUAACUUGAUCUCUGACGGUUUGUUCCAUGCCCUCGUUGAGCGAAGAAUUCACACUCGUGAUAUCGGAGGUGAAGCUAUGGCAACUGAGCUCGUUAAUGCACUUUUGGAGUUCGCCCAAGAAGAAAUCGAAAAGAAGAAAUGGCAUGUUUAA